AUGGGGAAGAGUCCAGAUGAAAGUGCGGCGGCGACGGAUCCGGCAUGGGAAUGCGAAGGGAAAGGAGCUUGUGAAAUGAAACAACGGCGAUUUGCCGAUAAAAUCAUGCCUCAUAUUCUCAACUUGUACGGGUCUUGCGCAAAAGCAAACGAUUUUGACAUGUACGCGCCAGACGCUUCGUUUGAGGACCCUUUAACGCAUGCUCAGGGGGUGAAGCAAAUCAAAUCAGCAUUCUAUUCACUCGCUAAGGUGUUUGGUGAGUCGAGAAUAGUUGAAUAUCAUAUUCAGGAAAGUGAGACUGCGCCGGGGAAGAAAGAGAUUCUAAUAGACAACAAGCAACACUACAAGAUCAUGGGAAGGAACAUAGAUAUGAUCUCUCUCAUUAAACUCUAUGUCGAGAACGACAAGAUUGUCCGACACGAAGACUGGUGGGACAAGAAACCUCUGAGGAACAGAGACACGGUUAACUUCCCGUUAGUCGGGCGGGCAAUGGAGAUGGGUCGAAGAGGCUUGAUGCUAGCCACUCAUGCCAUGAUGGGUUUUGGUAAAGAUCCUGACUCGCAGUGA